AUGUAUCGGCUCGCAAAAGGCACCGACUACAUCCUGCUAAUCGUCUACGUAGACGACCUUCUCUAUAUCGGCUCGACCGACAGUGUCACAACCUGGUUCGAAGGGGAGCUACAGAAGGAUCUCACACUCAUGGUCUCGUCCACCGUCACACAAUACCUCGGCCUCAACAUCCAGGAAGAAGAAAAUGCGAUCUACCUCAGCGCCGCGAAAUACGCAGACACCAUCGCCAAGCGCUUUGCACUUACGCCGACUGCCAUUUCCACACCAUACUGCUACACGGCAGGAAACAACAAGGAAGGCUCUGCUCUACUCAAGCCCGCCGGCAUACGCGACUACCAGAGGAAGCUGGGAUGCCUCCUCUUCGCAGCUGUCACCUGCCGUCCGGAUCUAUCAUACUCUGCGAACCAGCUCGCCACCUACCUCAAGAAACCCGAAGCAUAUCACAUGGCAGAACUCGACCGCGCUCUUCACUACCUCGUCAGCACCCCAACCGCCGGCCUAACCUACCACAAGAACGGAACCACGACUCCUAAGCUAAUCGGCUACGUCGAUGCCGAUCACGCCGGCGACUCCGACAACAGGCGCUCGCGCACCGGCUACAUCUACCGCCUCGAACCUAUCGGUCCUAUCUCCUGGCAGUCGAGCAAGCAAGAACUAAUUGCUCUCUCCUCAGCCGAAGCAGAAUACAUCGCACUCUGCUCAGCCACCAAGGAAGGACUCUACCUUCGCGAACUACUGGAAGAAGCAAAAUUGGCUCAGUUACCCAGCUUCACCCUGUUCUGCGACAAUCAAUCGGCAAUUCGCAUAGCCAACAAGAAUGGCUUCGCGAACAGAACGAAGCACAUCGCCCUGCGAUACUUCUUCGUGAAAGACGAGAUCGAGAAGGGGAGACUCGAGCUGUCAUACUGCCCCACGUCCGAGAUGGCAGCUGACUACUUGACCAAAAAGCUCGGAAGGCAGAAAUUCGAGUACUGCAUGAUGCUGACUGGACAAGACCACGUCAUCAACGGUGACACUCCAGAAGCGAAGGGGAGUGUUGGAAACAAUUGA